AUGGCGGCGGCGGCGGCUGGAAGCGGGACGCCCCGGGAGGAGGAGGGGCCCGGUGCGGAGGCAGCGGCCCCGCCGCCCCAGGCCCCGACGAGUGCGCCCGGGGCUCGUCUGUCGAGGCUGCCUCUGGCGCGAGUGAAGGCCUUGGUGAAGGCGGACCCCGACGUGACGCUCGCGGGACAGGAAGCCAUCUUCAUUCUGGCGCGAGCCGCGGAACUGUUCGUGGAGACCAUUGCAAAAGAUGCCUACUGCUGUGCUCAACAAGGGAAGAGGAAAACCCUGCAGAGGAGAGAUUUGGAUAAUGCAAUAGAAGCUGUGGAUGAAUUUGCUUUUCUGGAAGGUACUUUGGAUUGAUUGCUGAGCCGGGCAGUUUUGUGAGCCUUCACCUGCAUCCUUCAGCUAGUCCAUCUGCAGGCCUCAGCUUUGAAGAACAGAGUCUUUGGAAUAUUGCACUUUCACACUUUCCUGUUCUACCUUCUGCCAAGCCGGGAUAAGCAGACAUCUCACCUGUUAGCUUUUUCUACAAGAUCUUCCACUACUUGUGUCUUCCGUUUCUGGCCUGGAUGCAGCUGCUGCUGCUUGGGGCAGAGAUAAAGAAAAUGAUUUGUGUAGGUUGCUUAAUGAAUGAUAAGGACCAGAAUAAAGGUCUUUGAUCAACUUCAACUUAGUGUGUUGUAUAAUCUUGCCUUUGUUUUGGCCCCCUUGACUGGAGAGCCCCAUGCCCAGUCACAGACCCUUCUGAUCUUCCCUGCCAGCCAUUGUAAACUUCAGUCUUUCAUUUAUUUGUUCAUUUUUUUCCAGCAUGUUACCAGAUUGUGGUUCCACAAUUUACAGGAUGCCAUUUAAAGUCUCGAAAGUUCAAAUAAACGUGAUCCUAGAUUUAAAACCAAUGAAAAAUUUUUAAUGGCUUUAUCGAGAGAUAAUUCACAUACCGUACUAUUUACCCACUUAAAGUGUACGUUUCAGUAGUUUUUAGUAUAGUCACAGAUAUGUGCAACUAUCGCUGCUGUCUAUUUUAGAACAUUAUUAAUGGAAUCAUAUAUUAUGUGGUGUUUUUUGUCUGGCUUCUUUCACUUAGAUAAUGUUUUCAAGGUUUAUCUGUUAUAGCAUGUAUCAGUACCAAUUCCUUUAUUUUUAUUUUUUAAAUUGUGGCAAAAUGUAGAUAACAUAAAGUUUACCAUUUUAACCAUUUCUAAGUGUACAGUACUGUGGCAUUAAAUACAUUCAUAUUGUUGUGUAACCAUCUACAUCAUCCACCUCCAGAACAUUUUCCAUCUUCUUAAACUGAAACUGUACCCAUUAAACAGUAACUCCCCAUUCUCCCCUCCCCCAGGUCCUGCCUAAAUUUUGGUUUUUGAGGGAAGGCGUGGGUCACAUGGCAGGAAAGAGGCUUAGAAAGCAGUUGUUGAGGAAAGCAGCAGGAAGCCUCAGUCAGUGGGUCUUAAGUAUUUUUGGAUCAUGGAUUGAAGAUAGAAAGUCUACAGAUCUCCCUAGAAAAAUGUACAGAUGCUCAGUCCUGUAAUGCUUUAUAAAUAAGCUUUCUUUUAGAAUAAUACUGAUUUGCAGAAAAGUACAUUGCAAAGAUAGUACAGAGUUCUUAUAUACCCCUCACCUGUUCCCCUUAACGUCUUACAUUGACAGGUACAUUUGUCAAAACUAAGAAACUGAUGUUUAUAUGUUGCUGUUAACUAAACUCCGGACUUUAUUUGGAUUUCUCCAAUUUUCCCAUUAAUACCCUUGUUCUGUUCUAAGAUCCAAUCUAGAAUGUUACAUUGCAUUUACUUCUCACAUCUCCCCAGUCUCCUUUUCUCUGUGACAAUUUCUCAGUCUUUCCUCAUUUUUUGUGACCUUGACAGCCUUCAGUAGCAUGGGGGGGGUAUCUAUAGAAUGUACCCAACAUGGGUUUGUAUUUUUCUCAUGAUUAGUAGGUCUCAUAACUUUGUACAUAAUUUCGGGGAUUACACAGACUCCCGAGGGCCUUCCAUGGGCCUCCUAGUAUUGCAAAGGGGACUUUCAAAGGGCAUGCUGGACUUUUUCCAAGAUAAACUCAAAUUAGAGGUUGCAGCCCAUUAGUGGGACAUGGAAUCAAUGUAGUAUGUUGCCACUGGCAUUUUUAAAUUAUAUAUUAAAAGCAUCAAGAGUGUUGAGUAAAGAGUGUUAAUUUUUCUUUCAUUUAUAUGUGUGUGCACCAGGUCGUUGUGUAAAAUCUAUGUGCUGGGUAGAAUUUUGG